AUGACAGCCGAGUUUCCUAUCUAUCCAGAUCUCAAAGACAAAGUUGCUCUAAUCACAGGCAUUGGCCAAGUUGGACGACCCAACUCCGAGACCUGGGGCAAUGGAGCGGCAGCAGCGAGGAUACUCUCUCACAAUGGCGUCAAGAUCUUUGGCUGCGACCUCAACCUCUCAGCCGCAGAAGACACCAAGAGACGAUUACAAAAUGACAACCCAAAUGCCGUCUGUGAUGUUGUCAGCGCCGAUGUGACCAACAUCAAGGACAUUGAAGCAUUUGUGAAAGCAGCAUUUGAGAAGCACGGCAGAAUCGAUAUCCUCUACAACAAUGUCGGCAUGACAGCACCUGGAGACCCCGGAUCUAUCACCGAAGAAGUUUGGCAGAAAAUGAUCGAUCUGAAUCUGAAUAGUGUCUUUCGAUGUUGUCGGCUGGUGUUGCCGAUAAUGGAGAAGCAAGGUUCUGGAACGAUCAUCAACAAUGCUUCCAUCACCGCAAUGCGAUAUAUUGGCAAACCUCAAAUAGGGUACGCUACGGCGAAAGCCGCAGUGGUCCAAUACACGAAAGCUACGGGCUGCAUGUAUGCAUCUAGAGGUGUGCGCAUGAACUGUGUCGUUCCUGGUCUUAUCUACACGCCUCUAGUCGAGAACUUGGAAAUGAGUGAUAAGGAGGAGGAUCGUGAAGUGGCAAGGAAGAUCACUCAGCAUAAUGUGCCAAUGGGUCGGAUGGGAGAUGGCCACGACGUUGCAAAUGGUGUGGCAUUUUUGGCGAGUAAUGUGUCCAGAUACAUUACGAGCCAUGCGUUGAUUAUAGAUGGGGGGAUUACUGAGUCUACUGGAACAGGCUUUGUACAAUCAUAG